AUGUUAAGGCUGCUGGGUAACUGGAAGGAGACGACUUUCCCGCUGGACAUGGCACCAAAUUCUAUUGAUGACAAAUACGAUGGCUGCAGAGACGAAGCCUUUAAGAGGGUGGAUGGCUACUACCUCCCACAUGAGAAAAACACCACCACUAACUUCAGAAGAGCCUGGGACAUAGCAGAGAAACAUGCAUCCAUUCCAAAAGAUGGUCUGCAAAAAGUGCAUUCCAUCGCUAUGUAUUCGUACACAAAUAACAAACCCCAACCUCCAUCCGAGAACAUCUACAUAGACUUCAACGAAGCAGUUAGACAAGGCAGAUAUGGGUAUGGAAGAUCAUUCCAGUACCAUUCCCUGCACUUCUAUCUGACUGAUGCCAUUCAGAUUCUCAAACAAAGUCAAACAACAUGUAGGACCACCUAUCGUAGAACCAAGGUGUAUUUUGAUCGAAAUGUUCUGAACAAAGAGAUCCGUUUCGGAAUCUUUGCCUCCAGUUCUUUAAAUAAGUCAUUACAUAUGUUUGGCAACAUGUCCUGCUUUGAGAUCAACACGUGUUUCGGUGCCAACCUGACAUAUUACUCUGCCUAUCUCAAUGAGAGUGAGGUUUUAAUCCCGUCCUAUGAGGUCUUUAGAGUCACUGCUGUCCAGACAAACACGUGGCCCGACUUCCUCCCUCAAAAGAACCUUUCCUCCUCCCGUAGCCACCGCACCGGCCGCAAGGGGGGUAUUCAUCUCCAAUAA